UCAUUAGUGUCAUCUGUCACUUAUGUUUGUAACCUCAAAAUAACAUGUCCAAAUAGGGGGUAAAAAAUCGAUUUUUAUGAUAAAAAGAGCACUAAAAGUCCGAAAAAACUGUGAAUUCGCAUCGUUUAGCCGUCAAGACUAUCUCUACGAACAAAAUUAAUCGUCGUUUACCAAUUUAGUAACGCCAAAACAAGUGUUCUUUUGGCAUUACAAAGUCACAGGGUCAAAGCGUAGUCCUGCUUAAAAUAGGUGUUUUUUUGCAAAAACCACCGUAAGAACCACAAAACUCCAUUAGACAGACAACAGUCAUCAAUUUUUAGCCCCCAAUCGUCCCUUUUUGCCACAAUGGAAGAAUACACAAGAGAACCGUGCCCCUGGAGAAUCGUGGACGACUGUGGGGGCGCCUUCACAAUGGGUCUGAUCGGCGGCGGAGUCUUCCAAAGCAUCAAAGGGUUCAGAAAUGCACCUUCAGGCAUAAAUAGGCGCCUCAUCGGAUCUGUCACUGCAAUAAAACAAAGAUCCCCAAUCAUAGCCGGUAACUUUGCAGUAUGGGGCGGUAUGUUUUCGACCAUCGAUUGUGCCUUGAUCCAUGUGAGAAAGAAGGAAGACCCGUGGAAUUCGAUUAUCAGUGGGGCGGCUACUGGGGGGAUUUUGGCCGCUAGAAACGGUCUGCCUGCUAUGGCUGGAAGUGCUUUUAUUGGGGGUGUACUUCUAGCAUUAAUCGAAGGCGUAGGAAUUCUAUUUACCAGAUUGAGUGCGGAACAGUUUCAGCCUCAGUUGCCCCCGAUGGAGGAUCCUUCUCAGCUGGGGCAAAAUCAGCCUCCACCCGGAUAUCAGUACCAAUGAACUGUUGGUUAGGGAACUUUGUUUCUUUAGAUUGUUAUAUUUGAAUAAAUCUUGUGAUAAAUGCG